AAAAAUAUGAAACAAUCAAUAAUAUUAAAAUAAUGCAGUUUAGUUUAAUGUUACUGCUACUUUUAUUGUGCCUGGGACGUGUGAGUAAUGCUGGCGAAGUAUUGUUGCUCAUCUCGUGUCCACAACAAAGCUAUAAAAAUUGUCGGGCACUGCGUGAAAAUCUUCGCACACAACAACAACUAUCGAACUCUAUCCCAGCGGAUUAUGAUUAUAUUAUUAAGGUGCACAUAAUGCAUGAACUAUUCAAUUACUGGACGCUGCUGGACGCGUUGCCGUAUUUGCAAAGCAAGACACGUUUGCUAAACACAAACACCGAUUGGAUUAUUUGGUGUCAGCACAACACGCACGUGUCUUCGCUGCGUGCCCUGCUCGACCAGCUACAUCGCCUUGAUGCGCAAGAGUUGGCUUAUUAUGGACACGCCUUGUACGAUGCCGAGGCGACCAUUGUGCAUCAUUUUGCAAAUUACAAGGAUCCAACAUGGUUUCCAUAUCCCAUGCUAAGUGCAGGCGUUGUUUUCACAGGUGCUCUGCUGCGCAGCCUAGUCGAACUUGUUGCUGCUAAUGCCCCGAACGCCACAAGGCACAGCGAAUUCGCCAUUGACGCGGCCCAUGAGCUGGCCCGAUUCAUUUUCGAUAAUUUAGCACCUGACGUGACAAACGAUGAUGAUGCCAACGGCAGCAGUUACAGUAAAAACAUCCACAACGACAAAGAAGACGACGGCUCCGACGACAUGUUGCAGCGCAAAAUAAUUUUGAAAAGUGCUGACUACAUUUGUCCCUGGACGAACAUGUCGCCAGCCGGGUCGCUGGCAUCCCCAGAGACAGGCGCGAGACCAACUACAGCUACAACUACAACUACUACGACAAGAAAAGGCAUCCCCCAUGUGCCUGCUCUAGCGACUGCUGCGCCUGUGUCUUGUGUGUUGCAUGCAAAGCCGGAAGCGACUUCUGGGAAUGCCGUGCAUUGUGUGCACACAACCAGCGCACACAUCUAUUUUGCAAUCAAAACCUGUGCUAAAUUCCAUAAGGAGCGUAUACCAAUCAUCGAACGCACCUGGGCACCCGAUGCCAUGCGGCGCAAAUACUACAGCGAUGUGGCAGACGCCGGCAUACCAACAAUCAGCACUGGCCUACCCAAUGUACCAACAGGACAUUGUGCCAAAACAUUGGCAAUUUUGCAAUUAUCCCUCAAGGAUAUCAACAACCAGACGGACAUACGCUGGCUGAUGCUUGUCGAUGAUGAUACCCUGCUAAGCGUGCCCCGAUUGAGCGCCCUGCUGAGCUGCUACAACUAUACGGAGCACAUUUAUCUGGGCGAGCGAUAUGGCUAUCGGCUGUAUGCGCCGGAUGGCUUCAACUACCACACUGGCGGCGCUGGCAUUGUGGUCAGCGUGCCGCUUCUGCGGCUCAUCGUGGAACGCUGUAGUUGCCCGGUUGACAAUGCGCCGGACGACAUGAUACUUGGCUACUGUCUGCAGGCACUGGGCGUGCCGGCACUACAUGCGCCCAGUUUUCAUCAGGCACGCCCACAGGACUAUGCGAAGGAGUUGCUGCAGCUGAAUACGCCCAUUUCGUUUCACAAAUAUUGGCAUACCUCGCCGGAGCACACAUACAAGCGUUGGCUGAGCGAUGCGCUGGGCAAUGCCAGUGUGCGUCAUGUGGCUGGCAAGGAUCAGCCAGCUAUGCCGCUAGAGCUGAACGGGUCGGGUCUGCUGCAGUUUUCCAAUAUGGCAACUGGCUUGGAAGGCAACUCUAAGCACCUCGAUCUCUAAG